AGGAGGAGUCACAAAGCACGUGGUCCUGCUGUCAUCUCACAGCUCGUCCUUCUUUGUCCUCAGCUGCAUCAGAACACCACUUCUCCUCAGGUUCACCAGAGGAAACACGGCUGAACAAAAUGCUUUUCCUCCCAGCUGCUGCUCUGUGCUGUCUGUGUUCAGCACUGGUUACCAUGGCAGAAGACCGGAUUCAGGAUGAUUUAAUAUUGAUCAGGAGAGUUGGUCAAUACAUCUCAUUUAGUUGUGGGGUAAUUGAGCAGUGUUACCCUGAUUACUUAUUGUGGUGGCAGAAAAAGGAAACAGGAACAUUUAAAAUAAUUAUUAAUUUUUAUGGCCGUGAUUGUAGAAUAAAAAAAGGUUACGGUCAUCCCCAGGAAGAGGAUUUCUCAUCUAAGAAAACUUUAAAUGAAUGUAAAUUAAAGAUCAACAAACUAAAAGUGGAUCACUCAGCCUCCUAUUACUGCAGCUGCAGGCAGAUCGGUCUCCACAGUGAGAAAUGAUCCCUGCAGGCUGAACAAAAACCUGCAGAUGAAUCAGUGUGUGACAAAAAGAGUGCAGGAAACCACAGCCAGGUUCAUCUCCAUCUUACUCAAAAACACAAAAGCAGAGAUGAAAUUAAAUAAUGAAAGUAUGAAAGAGCUUUGACAAUAAACACACAAAUGCAUCAUCUACAUUUUUGGAUAAUAAUUAUUUCUUCGGGUAAUUUCUUCAUCAUGAGUUUCAUUAAUCCAGAAAUCAGAGUUUAACAGUUUAUGGAAACUUCCAAGGAUAAAAAGACACAUAAAUACUUUAAACCAUGAACCCCAACAUGAUCCAUCCAUCCAUUCAUCUUCAGAACUUUCUGUUUCCCAUUUUGGGGGUCACAGGGAUUCCAGAGCUUUCGCAGUUACUAUUGAGCGAAGGUGGAUAACACGCGGAACAGGUUGCCAGUCUGUAGCAGGUCCACACACUCAGAAACAAGCACUUUCAUUUCAUUUACACCUAUAAGUAAUCAAGAAACACCAAUCAACCUAUGAUCGAUCUGUAGGAGGAAGCUGUAGAAAACCCACACAUGCAUAAGAACAUAGAAACUCCAUGCAGAAAAGGUCUUCUCACAGGGAAGGGAGAGUGCUAACCACUGCACUACCAUGCAUCCCCAACCAACCUGACCCAGAAGCGGAAAAAUCCACCUCUAUGUGUGAGACCUUACAUAUUCCUGAUAUUGCAACCAUCUCCUAUGUUGAAGAGUAAAAAAUAAAGUCCAAAUUUCUCUGGCUUUGAGCUCAAGCAGCAGGUGAAAACGUUUCAGUUCAACAAUCAAGGAUGUGUGGGGUCAGCCACUUGUUUGUGAACAGAGAGACAUUUCUGUCUCUGAAUUCCUGCUGGUGUCUUGUACAUAAGAGCUCUUCUUCCUUUCAAAUCGUUCCUUUCCAGCACAGAGGCCUCCGUGUGUCCUCUGACGGAUCUCUGCUGGUAUCACAUAGCAGUUUUAAAGAAUCAGUGUGAGACCGGUGACCUGUUCAAGGUCUUGCCUUCACCCAACAGUAGCUGGGUUGUCUCCAGCAGCCCCUUGACCCCAAUAGGCCCAAUAGGGGUAAAGCGGGUUCUGAAGAUAGAAUCAGUGCAAACAGCUGCUCCCUGGAGUAAACUAUGAGAGCAGAAGCUUAGGUGCAAUGUGUGACAUAAAGAAACUUGAUGGAGUCUUUAUAGUCUCCAAUUUAUUUUGUUUAAAUACAAAAAUAUGUUGAAAAACUAAGAUUUGUAGGUCAUAUAAUAAACCAAAAAAAUGCUGGCUAAGAUUGCGGCAGUGGUCUAAAGCGUUUACUCUGUGUAUUUUUACCAUCGCUUUACAUUUCUUUUCAUCAUCUCAACACAACGUUUGAAAGCUGCACAAAGUUCAUCACUUUUCUCUCAUGUUCCUGUGGUUUCAGGAGGAUCAGAAGAAAACACACUGAUGUACUUCAGGAUAAUUGCACACGUGCACAACUCUUCUAUUUGUUUUUUAUGCUGAGUUCUUGCAUGAAUCUUUCAUCUAAUAACUGCAGGAAUAUUUGUCAUUUUCUUCCAUCAUUUCACACAGCAGUUCACCAAGUUCCUCCACUGGAGACAGAGACAGUCAUGUUGAUCUGAACAUUAGAGAAACUCAACAUGGAGCUGAAAUAUCAUCCUGAUUCACUCAGAUGACACUUGAACAGCACACAGGUUUUUGUAGCACACUUUCUCAAUGUGUGCCGGGAGCUCUGAGUACAUCUUUGGAAAUGGAACUCGACUGCUUGUAACAGAUGAGUCCGUAGUGAAGCCCGUGGUGAGCGUGUACCCAGCAGCAUCCAGAGUCCCUGUGGAGAGGGGCAGCUCCCUGCUGUGUCUGGCCUCAGCCAUGUUUCCUCCUGUGGUCCAGUUCUCCUGGAAAAGACAGAAGAACAACGGACAACCAGAGAACCUUCCUUCUACUGGGACAGAGCAGCUGGAUCUCAGAGAGUCUGGACGCAGCGCCUCCAUCCUGCUGAUCCAUCAGCAAGAGGACCGCUCCUAUAAAUACAUCUGCUCCGUCAAACAUGAGGGGGGCACAGUAGAGGCCCAAACACAACAAGAGUUGCCUAAACCUCCAGGUUCCACAGCAGCUCCAACAUCCAAUCCAGCAUAUUUCAAUAUACUGACAACAGUUACAGCCUCUGGUCCUUCGGUGGACCUGGUGAAGCUGUCCUUCCAGUCUGAGUGCAGGGUGAAGCUGCUCUGCCUGCUGUACACAGUGCUGAUAGUGAAGAGUCUGGUGUACUGCUGUGGACUCUCUCUGCUGAUGAUCCUCAGAAACAAGGGAGCAUCCACCAACUCCAAACAUGCUGACUGACUGUUUUCUGAUCCUCUUUUCUCUCCAUCAAAUCUCAUCCUUUCAUCUCAUUCAUCACUUUGAUCACAGCUCUCUAAUGUUCUUAAUGACUUGCCAACUCGAGUGUUUCCAUGAUCUGAUUGACUUUUCAGCUCCUACUCAGAAAACCAAUUGUUUUUGCAGUCUUUUGUGUCCUCAUCAAUUACAAUGUUGAACUUGGAUAAAAGUGUUUUCUGAGGCUAUAGCUGAUGUGAUAUUGUUGUGUAUUGUUGUAGUGGAGCCAAGGAGUACUCAUUUUAAACUAUGAUGGUCUGACACAUUAAUAUGAUUGUGUUUGGGUGUAUGUGAAACUGCACUGGAAAUGCUACAAACUAAUUGCCUUCUGGAACCAAUAAAGUUUUCUGAAUCGGAAUCUGACUAACUG